GACAGUACGGUGCCCCCAGUGUCGCGUCUAAGCAGAGAAUUACAGUAACCCGGUUUUCAGUGAUGAGUCAGAGUGCGUGGUGCUGAAGCUGCUGCCAUUUCAUCACCUUUGCGAGCACAGCAUCCCUCCCUUACGGAUUCCAGCGCCUGGGCCUACCUUGCUUCCUGCUCCCAGGCCAGUGAUGCACCGUCGGCCGAGCUAGGUCAGGGCUAAGCCACGCUCUCCAAGGCCUUGGUGGGGCGCCCCCUCCCGCCGCCCCAGGCGUGGGCCAAGGAGACUUGCCUAGCUGCAGCCAUGGAAGCCAUCUGGCUGUACCAGUUCCGGCUCAUUGUCAUCGGGGAUUCCACGGUGGGCAAGUCCUGCCUGAUCCGCCGCUUCACGGAGGGCCGCUUUGCUCCGGUUUCAGACCCCACCGUAGGGGUAGAUUUUUUCUCCCGCUUGGUGGAGAUCGAGCCAGGAAAACGCAUCAAGCUCCAGAUCUGGGAUACUGCGGGUCAAGAGAGGUUCAGAUCCAUCACUCGCGCCUACUACAGGAACUCAGUAGGUGGUCUUCUCUUAUUUGACAUUACCAACCGCAGGUCCUUCCAGAAUGUCCAUGAGUGGUUAGAAGAGACCAAAGUACAUGUUCAGCCCUACCAAAUUGUAUUUGUUCUGGUGGGUCACAAGUGUGACCUGGAUACACAGAGGCAAGUGACUCGCCACGAAGCCGAGAAACUGGCAGCUGCAUAUGGCAUGAAGUACAUUGAGACGUCAGCCCGAGAUGCCAUUAAUGUGGAGAAAGCCUUCACAGAUCUGACAAGAGACAUAUAUGAGCUGGUUAAAAGGGGGGAGAUUACAAUCCAGGAGGGUUGGGAAGGUGUGAAGAGUGGAUUUGUACCAAAUGUGGUUCACUCUUCAGAAGAGGUUGUCAAAUCAGAGAGGAGAUGUUUGUGCUAGUCAGCCCUUUUAUUUUAAAAACAUGCUCUCCCAUUUAAACUUAAAAGUUAUCAAAAUAAAUAGAAUCCUUAUGUGACUGAAGAUAACUCAACCUUUGGAUACCAAGUGAGUCUCCUUCCUGGGGUGGGGGUGGGGGGCUGGCUCUGACAGGCUCAAGUGCAGGUGGAUGGGGGAGACUGGUGGGUACUGUAACUGGGGGACUGAAUUGCUGGCAUGAGCUGGGCCAGACACUGUUUUGUGGCCCAGGCUUGGCAGUGGCUGCUACAUGUGCCAUUUGUGGACUACAUGUCAAGGGUCUGGAGUUUGAGAGGCUAGGUUCCAGGAAAACAUACCUACAGACAGAACAAUUGGUCCCUGGUAUUUCAGAUCACUCACAGGUCAUGAACAUAGAGAAAUGUAUAAAGGGGGAUAAGUACCAUAUUGGGAAAACUACCAUAACUAAAAAGAAUAUGAGUUGAACAUAUUUAAUGAUAAUAUCCUAAGUUAAAAGUUUGGCUUCCGACAGUUCACCUGUAAACAAGGGGCAUGAUCAGAUAUUUGCUAAAGCCCUUUGAGGUCUGGCAUUCUAGUCAAAAUGAUCUGAAUGUGAAAGGGGGAGGCCAUUCACACACUGUUAUCACAUUUGAAAAAGUAUACAUUGUUAUGACAGAGCUACCAGCUGCAAGAAAGAAAUUAUCUCAUGCAAAUUACCAUAUAAAUAGAAGAAAGCAACAGUGUAACCCGAAUGCCACACCCUUUCCCCAUCUGAAGAUUCCUGGGGUUUCUCCACAAUCUGAAAGUAAGCAUCAUGCCUGCUCCUUGACAAUAACAACAUGGGGCUUGCUUCUGAAAACAGCCCUGUGAAAAACCCUUGCUCAUCUGUCCUGUAUUGGUUGGUUGCCCAACAGGAGGCACUGUCACCCUUAAAAACAUCCCACUUGCUUGCUCUACUUAUUUGAUCAGAUUUAAUAGGCCUGUGAAGUUUUUGUCUCCACUUUACAGAAUAGUAAGCUAAAAGCCAGGACACUCACUUGGCCAAGGUCAAGGAUUCCUGCCUGAUUCUGAGUUCUUGUCACUGUGUCAUCAUGCUGUCAGAUCAGUAAAUUAUUAAUUUGUUAACAUUAGAAGACACAUGCCCACAAAUAAAUGUUCUUUACAUGCUAGAAUGUUUUCCUCAUUGAUUAUAAGUCCACUAGGAUCCUGAAGGAACUUGGGGAUGAAUCAAAGGUAAAACUUAUUCAGGUAUGAC